AAACGCGGGUUGUUGCAUGGGAACGUUACUCCCCGUUUCAGGUGAGCUGUUGUGUUGUGUUUAGGACCUUCUGAGAAUACCCAUCAAAGUGAAAUAUAUUGUCUUUGACGGUGAAAAAGAUGAAACUUUUGUGUUUUAUGCUUGCAAUUAGGCUAAGUAUGCAACUAGUUUAGUUUUAGUAACUUUCUUUCACUGUGAAUUAAUUGCACGACCAAGCCAAUUUUUCCACAUUACUAUGACCGGUAAUCUUCCAUUAUGUGCAUAAGCAAUCGCUUGUCAUCCAUCAGUCGCCGUGACAAUCAACAGACACUUCACAGUUGUAACUGUGUAUCUAGAAAUUCCUAGAUGUUUCUGGCGCAACUUCUAGUGGGCCCUGAUUGGAUAAGAUGCUUCUCAGUGUUUUCAGAGCCUUUCUUGUCUUUUUGUCGAGGAGUUUUCUGGAUCUUCUCAGCAGUCAUGUGAGUGUGUUUUGGGUGGGAGUGCGGAUCUUCCCCACAUUCACACCCCCAAAAGCCCUGGUACGGCCGAGAGUGGGUAGAGUCCGCUCACUCUCUCGAAAUGCUCUCACAUGGCCACGCGUAUAUAGCCUCUGCCAGGGAAGUCCUACUCACUGCCUUCUCGUGGCGGGGGUGUUGUUCACGAAAUUGAGAGGAUGAAAAGCGAAUGUCUGGCGCUUUUACCGGGUUGGUGGACAUGGAGAGUCCACCUAGGGGAGUUGGAAAGCCCUGAUUCGAAACCAAUGGUGCACAUGGGCUCGAGUAUUUUGAGGGAACAAAUGGCGUGUAAACCAAUCGUUGGUCUCCGGCUACCAUGGGACUGCAUCUCCUGACGUUGCCCCACCGCCGUGUGGAUCAGACCUUCAGGUCGAAGGCUCGGGGAGUGGCCCCCUAAGGAAACCACCUGCUUCGGUUUAAGCAUCCGGGCAGUAUCACAGCCCUCACACAAAUCAAGUGAGAUUUGUGUGGCGCACAUGUAUUUGGUGCCUCCUUUCACCAAUAUCUAUGUUCAAAUAAUAAUAAUAAUUCAACCGUACCAGAGCAUUUGGAAGCAGCGUAACUAGCCUUAUCACUAAACGUUGUGGUUCAGAGCAGUGUACAUAAACCUGUACUCGUUAAGUGGUUUGAAUCUAUAUUAAUUUUCUGCACAAGUACGUUACAGUUCGAUAAUAAAAGGAAUAUAUUAUGCUUACGUAUUAGUCUAUAUUUUUUAUGUACAGUAAAAUGAGUCAUUCGAAGUUGUUUUUCAUGUGACAUUUACAUUAUCGCUACUCACUUCAGAAGUUAUGAUAUCAUUGAGGAGAACGUUAACACAACACUCAAGACCACUGAAAUGGAAUGUAUCCACCUAGUCUCAGUGUUGGUUUAAGUGGCUAGGACAGUAUUCACUUCCAAUAUUUCUGUUAGUGACGUAACUACUACCGAACUAUUUCAUACGGAAAUUCACAAAAUUAUCAUGACUAAGAAAAUUCAUGUAUUCAUCUAAUUUUGUGCUUAUGUAUACUACUGACCUAUAUUUUUAGUGUGAACAACCUGUAGAUCUUAUUGUUUUAAGAAUAAAGAGCUAUAUUGAGUGUUAAAACGUAUUUUGUUAUUUAAAAAAAUAGGUAUGCCAUUUUAUUUGACAGAUUUCGAACCUUCUACGAAGUUUUUAAUCAUCCUUAUCCUAUCACUUACACCUCAGUCAGCUUAUGCUCAAAUUGAUGGAAUCUACUGUGGUGAAGAAACCUGUUAUGAUGUUUUACAGGUUACCCGAGAUGAUGAUAAGAAUAGAAUUCGUAAAGCAUAUCAUGAAAUGGCAAGAAAACAUCAUCCAGAUAGACAGAAAACAUCUGAGGAUAAAAUAAAAGCGGAAGAACGCUUCCGUUUAAUCAACACUGCCUAUGAGAUUCUUAGUGAUCCAGAACAACGAACAGAAUACGAUUAUAUGCUUGAUAAUCCAGAUCAAAUGUACUAUCAUUACUAUCGGUAUUAUCGACGUCGUGUUUCGACAAAAGUUGAUGUUCGAUUAGUAAUUAUAUCAAUUCUUCUUAUUAUAUCAUCGAUACAAUAUGCUGGUCAAUGGACAAGUUAUAAUCAUGCAUUAACUUAUUUACUAAAAGAUCCAAAGCAUCGUGCCAAAGCAAAACAGAUAGCUAUUGCUGAUGGUCGUUUAAAUAUAUCCAAAUAUGAAGUUGGCAGACGUUUAACACGUGAUGAACUGAAAGAACGUGAGGAACAACUACUUCGGGAUAUAUUAAAGGAGACUGUUGAACUUCGGUAAAUAAAUUGAAAGUGGUUAGUUUUCAUUGUAUCUAAUGCACUUUUGGAUGCUUCGCUUUUUCUUUUUUCUUGUUUCUUGGAUUCGUAACGGUUGUUUUGCAGGUAUUUUCUUCUUUCCAUGCGUAAUACGUAUCACUUUUAAUGGGUUUCAAUAUAUGUAUGUUUGUAUUCAUAUUUUGCACAAAUUCCUAUCUUUUUUCGUGUUUUUUAUUCCCAUCAUGCACUUGGUGGUAGUGGUUGUAUACAAGUGGUCAAGUGAGAGUAUUUUGAGAGGGAGAGCGGACUCCCCACCCUUGGCCGUACCACGACAUUUGGCGACAGCAAUAAUACAACCCUGUAUCACAACCCAUGCGAGUACAUUUUCGAUGUCCGCGAUAAACAAGAAAGUUUAUAAAUAUUUUCCUUUAGCAUCUGAGAAAUAUAUUUGUAAUCUGUUGUAAUAUUACACCAAACAGGCUUGAUACGAAAUGAAGCUGUCUAUUUCUGGAUCCGUGUUUUUCUAUUAUUUUUAACCGAAUCUAUCUGGCGAAGCUAAUGAAGGACUUUUACCAUUGACUUGAUUGAAAAUUACAGUUUCUGAUAACAAUAGUUAGUUUAAGUGUAACCCCACAAAUUAACAAAUCAUUUCCAUAUAUUUCCAUCUCAAUGAUCAACAUUCUUGGCUGACGUACGCGAUUUGCAUAAAGUAAACUUCAUAAUAAUGAUACACUUGACACAGGUAAAUUCGAUAGAAGAUAAUGACAUUGGUUUGAUGAAAAUAGUGACUAUGUUGACAAUAGAUAAUUAAAUUUUGAAUAUUUAAUGUUCAGAAUCUCAAGAUAAAGAUGCUAUUAUAUUUUAGUGUUUGAAAAUUAGUGAUCUGAACACUUAUAGGAUAUUUUGAGGAGCAAGUAGACUGAUAUUGGCAGCUCAACUUAUGCAGUGCCUCAGAUUAAAAAUUUUCCACCUAUUAUCUGCAACUAUCCAAAAAUCCAUAAACCAAAUAUCCUUCUAUGGUUUAUAUGUUUAAUAAUUAAUUUCAGUUUUUUAUCAGAUAACUCAUUAGUUAGCAGAGAAAUUAAAGCUUAUCACGGACUGAAGAAAGAACAUUUUAAUCUUUGAGAGAGAGAGAGAGAGAGCUGUAUUUUAACACUUGUUAAACCUCAUAUCAGUGAGAUUUUAUUGUGAAAUGAAGGUUUGUAGCUUGUUUGCUCCCUUUGAAUUGAAUGUAGUUUAAAUGUGCAGGGUUGUAGCGUGGCGUCGAGUCAUCGUUGACUAUGAUCACCCACUGCACUGAAAUUACUUCGUAGAUGAAAAACUAGAAGGCGGUUGACGGUUGUAAUAAUAUAUAUUUGUUGGUAAUCUUGUGGUAUCGAAAGAAUACCGAGAUCAUACCAAACAGUACAAGUUGAACUACUGAACAUAACCGAGAGCGUUCAAGGUCAUAGUCAACGAAAGAAAGUAUGUUUUUAGUACAGUUAAACAAACAAAUACAGUAAAACAAUCACUGGUACAAUUUGGUUAUAAUAAUAAGUGUUUCCAUUAUACCAAUCGUGUUCUCUUGAUAAAAGUAGGUAGCUUGUUUGCUCUCUCUGAGUUGAAUGUGGUUUAAAUGUAUUAAGAUGACAAUUAACUGAUAAAAGCUUACUAGUUAGUGAUCAUAAAUAAAAUUCUCUUUACACAUUUAAACAAAUGCAUAAAAUUCAUAUUGUUUUGUAUGGAGAUAUGGCGAGUAAUUGCUUAAUCGUUUGGAAUGCAAAUAUCAUAUGAAAUUGACUUCUUUUUUUUUUAAAAAAUCGUGUGUACUAUUCGUUCACAUCUUAAGAAGAAUUAAAUAUAACUCAGUUCAAUUUAGAAAAAUCUGACCGUUAAUCUAACUGUAACGAUGGUGUAUUCCUAAAUCAUAUUUAAUUAAUUUUUGGAGUCCAAUCGAUUCUUAUCACCAGUUUUUGGUUUUGUUUUGAUUUUACACUUUGAACUUUUUCUCUUUUACUCAAGUUGCAUUAUCGAUUCAACCUGAGGUUAUUUAAAAUUAUUAAGAAAUCGGAUUUAGCGUUCAAUUAAUAGAUUUAUCAAUAUUCAAUUUCCAUAUAUAUAUAUAAAGUAAUAAUGAUCAUUGAUUAUUAAUCUUAUGAAACUUGACCAAAUAACAUGAAUUUAAGUUCAUUCAAUUAUUAUCGCCGUAAUAGAUAUUAUCUUCUAGAAAAGAUUAUCAAUUAGCCGUAGUCAAUUUAAGACCUUAAUGCAGUCCAGAUGGCCACACGUUACUUCAUCCAAGCAAAGGACUAAUGUCCUCAACAGCAAUAAAAAUCUCCAAAUAUAAGAAAUAUACCAUCUUAAAGAAGCAUAAGAUGAAGUAAUAAAAAGAGUGGAAAAUGGAAUAAUACAUAAUCUAAAGAUUAAUAAAUACUACUACAUCUUCAUGUUUUCUUCAUGUCACCCAAUAUAUCUAAUCAUAGAUAAUGACAACAAGGAUGUAUACAUGGCUCAAUUCAACAGUUAAAGUUCUCAUGGAUUGCCUCAUGUGUCCAAUUCUAAUAUUUCCUCAACUGUCUAUUAAUAGUAACAUGACACGUCAAAGUAGUAGGUGGAUGGACUUAUGUAACAAAUAUUACCUAACUACUUUAGUCAGCGAAAGUUUUUAACUUCUUCAAUCGACUCUGUCCUUUGAACUAGUAUCCCCUACAUGUAACUAUAGUAAUGCUCACUUACGAAUAAUAUCUCAAAGAUACCUAUGACCAGUUACUUAAAGCCCACUCAUGUUUUCUCUUUUCAGGGCUCACAUUUUAUGUCACAGCAAAUUGCAUCGUACAUAAAAGUUAGUAAAAAGAUAGAAUAUGGUUAAGUAUAAAAUGUUCUAUUUUUACAUCCACACAUAUUUGAGGUACAAUGUUUUUCAUUCAUAACGUUCAAAUGCCGUGGUACGACCGAGAGUGUGAAGAGUUAGCUCUUCCUCUCCAAAUUCUCUCACAUGGCCACGCGUGUACAGCCUCUUCCAGGGACGUUCUACUCACUGCCUUCUCGUAUUUUAAUAAAUUAGAAUUUUAUUUUGCAGUGAUCUGAUUAGGAACCCCUUUAGUUCGACUCUUAUUUUAUCCAACAUCAGAUUUGAUGGUACAGGAGAUACAUAUUGUAUAUUUUAAAGUGUGAAUCUGUCGCUCAGUGGUUGUUAAGAUGAUUAGUUUUAAUCAUUAUUCUGAUAGUUAGUUUUCUUACCGUUUUGAUGAAAUGACCCAACGAAUUGAAACCUAUUAGUUUUCUAUUCUAGAUCUUCUGAUGUUCUAGUCAGUUUUUCGUUUCGUUUUUCAUUUAAUUUUCAAUGUUAUUUCCUCAUCGAAGCUUCAACAGCACGAUUAAGUGACUUCUCAAAUUUGACAAACCAAAACUCAAGACUGUCUGUAAAGAUGGCAAUAUAAUUACGGAACUAUAUAAGAUCUCUACAGUAUUUACUAAGCUCGUAGACGAUCAUAAAAAUGCUUAUUAAAAUGGAUAUAUGAAGUCAUAACAAUAUACGUUAUGUGACAGCUAAUAGCUGUGUCGAGAUCAUAAUGGCAGAUGAUGUCAAAAUGAGAAUAAAGAGAAUCAAAAUAUAGAAACUGUUAUCAUAAAGCAAAAUUCGAAAAUAUCUGUUGCAAUUAAAAUAAUAAAGUGAAUAUUGUCAACGUGUGUCCAUACUCACGAAUGUUAUGAUGACAUAUACGUCGCACCAUAUGCUCAAAAGUUAUCAGAAAUGGAACGGGUUACUGAAUAUUAAUAAGUAGUAUAGAGCAAUGCACAAAAGGAAGUAGAGUGAUAAAACAAACCUAACACUAUAUUUUUAUUGGUGAGCACAUUUUCCCCGUUAAAUUGGUCACUCAAAGGAGAGUUUCUUUUUUUUCUUUUGUAUUUCAUUUCAGAGGUGAUUGUUGUCGACCCAGCCUAAAACGUGUUCUACUGGUUAGAAUAUUGUUUUUCCCUUGGACUUGUUAUAUAUGGUUACGUUGGAUGCUUUAUUGGGUUGUAAAGUAUUGGAUACUUCGUAGGGAAUAUGACGAAGAGGCACGGAUAUUUAUCACUAGACGUCGGUUAAAAAUAAAUGAGAGUGAAUGGGAUUAUGCAGGCGAAGAACAACAAGCAAAGUAUUUAUCACAAAAACUUUGGAUUAAUGAGAAUUAUCAGGUUUGUAGUUUUUCCUAAUUCAAUGUGCUAUUGAUUUGUUACCUAAAUAAGUUGAAUGAGAAUUUUUGGUGUACAGUGUGUUGGACGAGUGUACGUUUUAUGUUCGUUAUCAUAAUCAGUGAACCGAUAGCUUAGUGGUCGAAACAGUCAGCUUCAAACUAGUAGUUCAUAAUGAGUCAAACAUCGGUACAUCUAUUCGAGUCAAUACACCAUAUAUCAAGACAGAUACUAGAGUAGUAAAAGUAGUAUCAUUAUGAGUGGGAAUUCGAACAAAAAGAAUGAAUUGCUGGAAUGGAAAACGAAAACGACAAUUCCAAAUCUCGUGAUCUAAUAUGGGACAGAAAAUGAAUACAUUUGUGCCAUCGCGAUCAAUUCUAAACUGUGUCAUCUAAAGUCCUCUAAUCACUCAUUGUAAUAAUUUCGCAGGCAUCAAUAUGGUAGUCUUCACCUACCAACACAUUCCAAUCUAGUAGUCACUAACUUCAUGGACUGAUGUCAUAUCUUGGUUUGGCAGCCCUUAGAUCACACACCUGUACCCCACUAUUCUCGUGUUUUGUUUUUUAUAGACAGACUGUAUUAUUGGUUGCUCCACACAAGACAUGUGACUAAAAAGCGAGUGUAUAGAUCUAUAUUUGGUAAAUGAUUUAUAUAGUUGUAGGCAUUCAGUGUGUUAAGCCCUUACCCUAGUCUCAAGUUUUCUAUCCAUGUGGAAGCAUUUAUUUUCCUGGAUUAUUGUCUAGCUCCAUAUUUUUUAAUCCAAUGGCCACUGAUCACUGUUCCGAUUGAGCUAAUUAAGCGGAGUAUCUAUUGAAUGGUUCCUAAUUUCCUUGUCGAACAAGAGAUGCACUGUGGUUAGUAAUGCAAGUGAGUAAUAGCUAUUGGUGAAGGUUUUUCGGAAGCAACUAAUGGGAAUUGAAAUUCAAUAGACACUUUAUAUCGCUUUUGCAGUGUUCGCGAAAGUAUUCAUGAUGCGCAGAAAUACUAAAAUAGACGUGCACACGAAGAUUACUAUCUUUUGUACAAGGAUAAUGUUUUUUGACAGGCUCUUUUCGUCACCCUAGCUUCCUGAUAAACUCACACUUGUUAAUCAACAGAUAAGAAAUAUUUAAUUCUGACCUGUCAAAUGUUUUUUGUCAUUGUCAAAAACCAAGAUGGACUUCUGUGUAAAAAGCCAGCGGAAAGUGUGCGUUUGGUUUUUCAUUAAUACGAGCAUAGUAGGUCAGUUGGCUACUUGUGUUAACAGUUGUGUUUUUCUACUUGUUUUAAGUUCUAGGAUAAGUCUCUUUGUAGUGAACUAGGUUCUCCUUAGAAGAGUUUAUUGAUGCGACUGGUCUUACUUACUUCUUGACAUGUUUCAUUCGUUGAUCAUUCAUUAUUUUUAGAACUAUUUCAUGGUUGACACGCAUAAUGUUCAGUCUUAGAAUGAAUAAAAACCGUCUAAUGCUAAAUUUUAUUACUAAUCACAUGUUUUAUUUAAACACAUUGGUACAAAGUGCCACCAAAAUGUAUAUGUACUACACGAAGUUGUUGACAUUCAAUUUUUGUGUACUGUCCGAGUUCCCGAACCAAAACGAGUGGUUUUCUUAGGAAGCCCACUCCCCGAGCCUUUGACCUAGAGGUCUAAUCCUUAAAUCAGUGAAGCAACGUUAGGAGAUGCAGUCCCAUGGAAGCAGGCGACUAACAAUAAGCUCAUACGCCAUUUUCCCUUCAAGAUUAUGGGGCUCAUGUGCACCAUUUGUUUCGAAUCAGAGUUUUGCAACUCCCCUAGGUGGAUUCUCUGUCCCCAACAACUCGGCUUAAGCUUGGAACAUCCGCUUUUCGUUCUUUCAAUAGUGUAAACUACACGCUGUCCAUGAGAAGGCAGUAAGUAAGUCUUCCCUGGUAGUGGCUGUAUAUGCGUGGUCAUGCUAGAGCAUUGUUAGAGGAGGAGCUGACUUUCCUCACCCGCAGUUUUACAUAGAUACAUAUUUAAAUCUUAAAAAAAUAAUUUUCUAUAUCUAUUUCAGAAAUUUCUUGCAGAUCAACAAGAAGCAAAUCGAAUUCGAGCAGCUGAAGAUACUGAUUUAAAACGUUAUAGACGAUACACAAAACGUGCUGGACCUGCCUCAGUGAAUCUUGAAGAUUUAUUUUAAAAUCCUCGCCAUUCAAACUGAAUAUUAAUUGUCCAAUGUCCUUGUUGAUCCUGCCAUAGUCCCGUUCUAUGUAUUAUAUAUAUCGAGUGGCCGAUCAUUUGUUAUUCUGUAUAUCUAUAGUACACAGUUUUCUUUCACCAGGUUGUUUUGUGUAUACAUAAAAGAGCAGUAGGUGAUUUUCAUUCCAUACUCUUAAUCAUGCUCUCCUUCUUCUCCACAGUCGAAAUCUUUUAUUACCCUACCCGUAUUUUGUUUUAUUUGAUAAAACCACCGAGCUUAAUUUCUAAAAAAAAUUACGUAUGACUUGUGAACUCAGCCGUAGGUUCAUUUCUUAUCAAACUUAUGCUCUGUCUCUCACUAUGUCAUGUAUGUGCCUUAAAUUUUGAUUUACUAUUGGACUUUUUCAAUCCUACAAUUAGUAAUUAUGGUUUGUAUUGUUUAAUCAAAGUUUGUAUAAAUAAAUUACUAUUUAGCAGAUUUAUACAUUUUCUAUUUUUAGUGGAAUUGGUUUAUUGUCUUUUAUGAGCAUAUGCUUCCCAUCGUAAUUUGUCAUGGAUGUAAAUCAAUGUGUUUUGUUGCUUCUCACGAUUAUUGUCUUAUCUUUUCAGUGUUAUAACUAGUUUUUUUUUUCUUAAAUAAAUUUAUAACUGGGAUUCUGUACUAUGCUAGUUAUGAUGAUUCUACAAAGUAACAUGAAUAAUACUAAUUCAAAUGAGUAUUUAUAAUACAAGAUAAGUGAAAUCGGUUCUCUAAAAUAUUAUCGAUCGAAAGUAUUUCUCUGCUGACUUUAGUUAGUGAAUUACUUCUGGAAUUCGGAGGAAAUAAACGUUAAUUAUAUGUUUACAAUUUAAGCGAUGCUUAUUUUCAGGCGAAUUUCGACUCAUCCUCCAAGCACUUAGCUUUAAGCUAUACUCGAUGUGUGAAGGCUAGUAAUACUCUCAAAUUUCCCAAAUGAAAGCAGGUAAAGUGAGAUUCUAACUUUGGACUUAGUAGCUGAAAGUCGAAAGCCUUAACCAUUACUACACCGCUCCACUAUUUAGUCAAUCCUGUGUUGAAAAUAGUGACAUUAAAGUAGAGAUUUAAAUUAGCCAACCACUAUCGAAAUAGAACAUGGUACAAGUAUACAUCAGCUCACAUUGUUAAACCUUAUAACACCAUAACACGCGAAAAUUUAGAAAAGUGAAUGUUGUAACGUGUGGAUUGCAGGUUUUGAUAAGCAGCGUAUUUAUCGAUCGAAUCAGUGACACGUAAGGACGACCUAGAGUCUCUAUUGGCCCCGCUUCCCUGUCUAGCCCAGCCAGUUGAGUCUAGAACGCAAGUCGGUAAGAGUAGAGGAUAUUAAUAGGUUACUAGUAUUCGAUUAUAGGUGUCUUCGGAACAUUGCUCGUAUAUCCUGGUACCGUCGAGUGAGUAACGCAGUUGUUAGGAAAUGGGUACUAGGUAAGGAUGGAAAAUCAACUGAUGAAGUAGUGAAACUUCAUCAGUUGAGAUGACUGGGACACGCGUUACGUAUGCCCAACGACCGACUGCCUCGACGUGCUAUGUUCAGUGGUAUAGGAGUAGGUUGGAAGAAAGCUAGAGGCGGCCAAACCAAAACAUGGCACAAGUCCAUGAAGUCACUGACAAGUGGACUGAGUUAUGUUGGUAGGUGUAGACUACCUGGUUGAGGACCACGAGAUGAUAGUAACCGAUGGUUAGAGACCCUGAAUGACAUGGCUCAAAAUCGUUUGCAAUGUCGCAAGUACAUCCACUCUUCAUGCUCUCCCAAAUUCUAAUCUUCUGAAUUCUUCAUGUCCUUUUUUUU